GUGAGGAAGUUGAGCGGGAUGCAGCUGAUGGCAGAUCGUUUGUCCUGCUGACGGAGGAGCAGCGCAUCGGACCGCCCCUGAGAUCAGACCGCCCCGGCGAUCGGACCUCCCCAGAGACCGGACUCGGUGCUGGUGGGGGGGACUUUAUGUCAGGGCUCGCGCGCUUCCGGAAACUUAUUUUCAUGUGCGCAAUGCCUGCACGCGCGCUCCGGCUCCGCCGCGCACACUUUGGGUUUGUUUUGUUUAUUUAUUUAUUUACAGAAACAUCGGUUUAGACUGCAGGCGCGCGCGCCCGCCCGCGGUUCCGUUCUUAAAUCCCGCACGCUGCACUGAGGAUGAGGAGGCUGAGGAUGGAGGAGAUGAUGAUGAGGAUGAUGAUGAUGUUUUCCCCGGAGCGGCUCGUGCGCGCAGGCUGGUCCUGAAUCAGGAGAGAAGAGGAUCUGCGCAGCUUCCCGAAAACCCAAAAGGUAGAGCUGUCUGACUGCGCCGGAGUCUGGGCGUGACCUGGAGGAGUCUCCCAGCGCGGGACAGUCAUGGAGAAGUGCUGUUCUGAAUGUCCGGAGCCGCGACUCGCCCAGAGUUUGUGCACCUUCUGCAACAAGUGGCUGUGUUUCCAAUGUACGGACCUGCACCAGCACGAGAGAGCGUUAGCGCCCGCCCCGCCCGAGUCGAGGCAUCACCCCAGCUCCAGCAGUCCCACAGCGCCGCCGGAGCCAGGUUCGGCUUGUUGUGGUCGUGCGGUUGUCAUGUGUCCCCUCCAUAAACAGGAGCUUCUGGAGCUCUUCUGUGAGACGUGUGACCUUCUGGCCUGCAGCAUCUGCCACCUGUCUGCACACAAGGACCAUCGGCUGGUCCACGUUGGCAAGGCUUUACAGGAUCAACGCUGGCUUCUGGAGAACCUGAUGGCCCGGGUGGAGGAGAAGAGAUCAGCUGUGGAGAACACCGCCAAGCAGAUUCAGGGCAGACUUCACAGCGUAAAGAUCACACAGAGGAAGGCUGAAAACCAGAUUAAAAUGGCCAAGAUGAUAAUGAUGAACGAGCUGAACAAGCGGGCCAACCUAUUAAUAGAGCAACUGGAGAGCAUCUCCAGCGGGUUUAAGCAGCAUCUGGAGGACCAGCUGCAGGGGGCGAUAGAGCUCUGUAGCCAGCUGGAGCACGUGCAGAACUUCAUCACCUGGGCGGUGGCGCAUCACAGGAGGAACCCGCUGCUGUUCAGCAAAGAACUGAUCGCUCUUCAGAUGCAGCAGCUCCUGGAGCCUCUGAUCCACUCCGAGGCCUGGGCUCCUCUCAAGAUCAAGUUCAACUGGGACGCCAGCUUCUGGACCAAACAGAUCUCCACUCUGGGUCAGCUGAGCGUUGAGGGAGGGAGUCGCGCGUACACCGAGGGCGUGGCCCGGCCCGCCAUCUUGAGACCUCAGCCUGUCCCCUGCGUGUCCGUGCCGUCUCUGUGUUAUCCGGUCCGAGAGACAGACUGCAGCUACCAGUCCUUCUGCCAACACCAGCUCUGCUGCCUGCACUGCCGACCGGUUCCGUCCGUCCCUCUGGAGAAGUACCCGCACCCACUGGACAAGUAUUCGGUACCGCACGCUCAGGAACCCAGCUGCAGUUCUCCUCCGAGCCUGCAGGGGCGCUGGAAUGCUGACGCCGCGGCCCAAGCUCACCCGUCCCAGAAUUCCACGCGGGCCGAGUCAGCGCGGCGGACCCCGGCUCCUGAGACUCCGGGCGAGUUCCAGCCCCGGAGCGUCCGAGAGCGGCCCACGGAUCAGCUCCAAGAUUCUGGGGACACGGACAGCGGCGAGGAGCGGCGUGUCUCAGCGCAGGCGGACGAGGACAGGAGAAACUCCGGAGCCACGGACAUGCUGCUGCAGGACGCGCGGUGUGAAGUGAGCGCCGAGAGCCCGGAGAGCAGAACCGGAGUGUGUGGCGUCUCCGCAGAACCGGGAGCGUCGGGCGGCGCUGCGUACGGAAUGUGUUCUCUCGGGGCUAAUCAGAGCCGAGGAACCGCGGCCCAGCAACAGCCGGACUACACGAGUCCUCCUGAAGGAACUCCAGAGGACGAGAUGAUCCGGCUUCAUCCAGACAGCCGUGACGGUUCCUCUCAGACAGUCUACAAGACUGAGCCAGAAAGCGCCUAUGCAUAUUCUUAUGAAAACACCAGCUGUACGUCUCCAGAUAAAUGCAGCACAUCAAGAAAUGCUCAGGACACCAGCAGCAAAGCUCCUGACGGUUCGAAGGUUCCAGUUGUGUGUCUGGAACGGCUGAAGAUCCUGGUGUCCAAAUGUCCACCACAGGGACACCACAGCACGGCUCCUCCAGCUGACUCCAGACUGAAGUGUGAAGGCAUCAUGGCCCAGGAGCUGGAAAGAGAACUUAGUGCCGAGGAGGAAUCCAGUGAAGAUCCAGGACAGAGGACGGAGGAGGCUCAGUUAGUGAGUGAGCCACAGUUAGCAGAAUAUCUUCCAUGCAGCACAGCAGCUCUCGAUUCAGAGUCAUCAUUACGGGAGAUGUGCAACAUAAACCAGGAAUGUUCAGAACCCAGUACUGCACCGGUCCAGUCCAGCGAUCCUGAAGCUUCCACACCACCUGAAUCUAAUCAUGCUUCUGAUCCUAAUCCGCCUGAGUCCAGAUCAGCGCCGGUGUCGGACUUGCAGCCGGAAUCCACAGCGGAAGCUGACUUCGGUUCAGACGUGGAAGUGGAGUCGGAACUUCAAGCGGAAUCGGAUCCGAGUUCCACAUCCGAACCGCCUAUCGAACUAGACUCAGAAUCAGACCCGGAGUGCGAGCAGGUUCCAGAGAUUUCCGCAGAGUCCGAGCAUGAGCUGGAAUCCGAUGCAGACUCCACUGCUGAAGUGACUCUGAAUCUGGAUCAGGAGUGUGAGUGGGAGGCGGAGCGAGUCGGCGCAGGCGCGAGCGUGCAGCAGGAGCGGCCCAGGGUGGGCGUGGUCGAGCAGGACUGUGAGGAGAUGGAGAGCGAGGACUUCUGCGCCGUCUGCUCUAUCGGAGGCGAGCUGCUGUGCUGUGAUCGCUGCCCCAAGGUCUUCCACCUGACCUGCCACGUGCCCUCUCUUCUCAGCUUUCCCACGGGCGACUGGGUGUGCAGUCUGUGCAGAGACGCGCAGCGGCCGGAGACGGAGUAUGACUGCGAGGACUCCCGGCUGCCCGCAAACACGCCGCCAUCUGCACUGUCAGCGUGUGACCUGAGGAAAUGUGAGAAGCUCACGCUGCUGAUCUACAGCAACAUCCUGAGCGCUCCGUUCCACGAACCCGUCAGUCCACUGGCUCGUCAUUAUUAUCAGAUCAUUAAGAGGCCCAUGGACUUGUCUAUCAUCCGGAGCAGACUGAGGAAGAGCAGCUCGGUCCACUACAGCUCGGUCCGAGAGUUCGUCACUGACGUCUUGCUGAUGUUUAAGAACUGUGCCAAGUUUAACUACCCGGAUUCAGAAGUUGCUCAGGCCGGCCGCAGUCUCCAGACCUUCUUCUUCUCCAAGCUCGGCGAGGUUUUUCCCGAGCUCAGCUGUCCCGCUCCCGAUGACGACUCGGAGAGCGAUGAUUAUGAAGAGCCUGAGUGUGCGGCGGCCGCCGGCUUCCCCUGGCCUGAGAGGAGAGAGCAGAGCCACAGGAAGAGGAAGAGGAGGCGCUCGCUCAGCUGGAGGAGACAUCACUAUUAACCUCCCGUUUUUCUGAACUUCUAAACUGUACAACAAGUGACACCGUUUCCAUCCGGCCACAGAAGAGCUAAACCUGAUUCAGAUUUUUUUUUUUUAAAGUUCACAUCUUCCUCGUUUCUUGAUGUUUUGUAAUCCUGUGUAUUAUGCUGUUCUAUAUUUACACAGCUGGAGCUUUAUAGACCUGAAUGUCAUGCUGCAAUGUUCUGCACUGGAGUGGACUUCAUGUCAGAGCUUCUCUUUGGAAAGUUUUUGAUAUCUCACAGGUUGCUGGCGACUGCUGCUUAGUGGACGUAGAUGAGCGAUGUCGAUUGGUUGUAAACGAUACAGUAAUAUACAGUAUAUUUAUUAUAGAGAAUGUGAUAUGGUAUGUUUUUAUAUGCUUUAUACGCCCUGUAUAGAGUAUAGUGAGCUUUUACUGUUUCCUACUGUAAUAACCCAUUAGACCUGUAGAGGGAGCGGUUUCUAUAGCCUUAAGCCCAACAGCCGUUCACAUUGGACAGACGAUGUUGAAUUAAUUCUUCCUCUGGCUAUUUAUCAAUCAAAAUAUUCCUCCUAUUCUGGAGAGGAACAUGGAUUCUGAUUGGAUGUUGCUAGGUAACUCGUUUUAAAUAUGUAUCACUUAAAUGUUAAUUUAGUAAUGAUUCUGAAAUAUUCAAGUAAUGAAUUAUUUCUCAGGUAGAAGUAAUGGAGGAGUGCAGUUUAUUCCUCUGUACAGGGUAGAUCAGAAACUAAAACUCUUCAUAUUAAUAAUAAUAAUAAUAAUAAUAAUAAUUUGUAAUAGUGUAAAAAGCGUUUAAUUCUUUUAUUCUCUUAUUGUAAAGUAAUUAUCUGGAUUAUUUGAGCUUUAUAUAGACUUCAGUUUGCACUUCAGCUUCUUUGAUAUAAUCCCUCUUUAAACCAUUUACAGCUUUAUUGAAGACUGACGUCAUCGGUAUCUACAUUUCUUUGCUAACACAGUACUUUUUUAUUAUUAUUUUUUUAAUCUGCUGUAUGUUUAAUCUUUUCACUCUUGAGUUUGGAAGUGUUUCUAACGAGCCGAUAAUAAACACACAGCUGCUCUGACUUGCCUUCAUAAAAAUUAAACAUCCUGAAACUUAAACA